AUGGUUAGAAAACUCAAGCAUCAUGAGCAAAAGCUCCUCAAAAAGGUGGACUUCCUUAAUUGGAAACAGGACCAAGGCCACAGAGACAUCAAUGUGAUGUCGAUAUACCAUAUUCAGAACCGUGAAGACUACCACAAAUACAAUAAGAUUUGUGGAGAUGUGCGGAAGUUGGCACAUCAGUUGUCUUUGCUACAACCAAAUGACCCAUUCAGAAUCAAGCAUGAACAACUUCUACUUGAGAAGCUCUACAACAUGGGGAUUUUGGCCACCAAAUCGAAGAUCUCUGACUUGGAAAACAAGAUGUCGGUAAGUGCCAUCUGUAAAAGAAGAAUCGGUGUGGUCAUGUGCAGACUAAGAAUGGCUCAGAGCGUAAAGGAUGCAAACACAUUCAUUGAGCAAGGACAUGUUAGAGUUGGUCCUAAUGUCAUCACAGACUCGGCAUACUUGGUAACGCGGAACUUAGAGGAUUACUUGACCUGGGUUGACUCUUCUAAGAUCAAAGAGAACGUGCUCAAGUACAAGAACAAAAUUGAUGACUACGAUCUUGCCUAA